UUGAAAAUACAUGGUAAGCAAAUGAAUUGUUUAAACAAAAAUAUAAAAGCAAAGUGGGAAAGGCGGAAUGGAAAACCUUUUCUAUUUUGUUUUCUGAGACGGCAGGAAAGAAAAAAAAAAAAAAAAAAAUACAGAAAUCAGAAAAAGAGAAGAGGGAGUGAGCAGAGAGAUACCCAAAGGCCGAAACCUCUUCUGUUUUCCAUUGGAUCUGAGACACUGAAUCCCCAACUGACAGCAAUAUUGACUAUAAAACAGUUUUGGCUCUAUUUUCAUUUGUUUAUUUGUAAACAAAAGGCAAAGAUCUGGGGAACUCCUGCAAUCUCAAUCCACACUCAUACCAACUCUUCCCUAUAGGAUUCGUGAUCGUUGGUAUUACCUGCUUGGUUGCCAUAUUGUGAUGCCUUUGUCCAUGCAGUGACAUUUUUGCCAAAAUCAAUGUGAUCAACGAAUUGAACUACAUUGCAAAUUUUAUUUUGGCUGUCUUGGCUAGUAUGCAAACAGCAAGGCGGGCAGAAUAUAUUUUCUAAAUUUUGACGGUGGCAAAAUAUACCCAAUAGAAAGUUACUAAAUUUUAUGAAAAAUAGAAGAAAUGGUAUUUAGUAGAAUUGCUGAAGCAAUAUCUGGUGCAUCAAAUCUUUUACCUGCUACACAGUCUUCUGCUGCUUCAUAUAUGUCAACUGCUUUGUCACCACAGGGAAGUAAAAAUGCUGCCCACAGGUUUGGUUUUGCCAACUAUGGACGCCAGAAUAAUUUGCGCCUCUCCUCAUCACUCCAAGAUUUCUCAUCAUAUCACCAGCUUGAUCCAGAAGCAGCUGAUCUCAUGUCUGAAACUGACAAGGGCAUGACCUAUACAAAACCCCCUCUACAGCGAGAAAAUGCUGGGUCAAGUUUCUCAAAAGAGAAGGGCUUGCCUGGUGGAACCUCAUUUCUGCUUGGAAAGUGGGUGCGACUAAUUGUGGUUUUCUUGUGCCUACUUUUGUUGAUUUUUUUGACAUAUAUGGUUUGCAUUUACAUUUAUUCAAAUUGGUCUAAAGGAGCCUCCAAGUUCUAUGUUGUUCUGGAUUGCGGAAGUACUGGAACUCGAGUUUAUGUGUAUCAGGCAUCAAUUGAUCACAAGAAUGAUGGUAGUCUGCCUAUUGUCAUGAAAUCAUUAACAGAAGGUCUUUCUAGAAAACCGAGUUCACAAAGUGGACGUGCUUAUGAUAGGAUGGAGACUGAGCCUGGCUUUCAUAAGUUAGUGCACAAUAAAUCUGGCUUGAAAGCUGCCAUAAACCCACUCAUUUCAUGGGCAGAGAAGCAAAUUCCUAAACAUGCACAUAAGACUACUUCUCUUUUCCUGUAUACUACAGCUGGUGUUCGCAGGUUACCAAGUGCUGAUUCAAAAUGGCUACUGGAAAAUGCCUGGUCAAUACUAAAGUAUUCUCCCUUCGUAUGCCGCAGAGAGUGGGUUAAGAUAAUCAGUGGGACAGAGGAAGCCUACUUUGCGUGGACAGCCCUCAACUAUCGCACGGGCAUGUUGGGAGCCAUACCUAAGAAGGCAACGUUUGGUGCUCUUGACUUGGGUGGAUCAUCAUUACAAGUUACAUUUGAGAAUGAGCACCGUCAACAUAAUGAAACCAACUUAAACCUUAGAAUUGGAGUGGUUAAGCAUCAUCUUAGUGCCUAUUCUCUCUCUGGAUAUGGUUUGAAUGAUGCAUUUGACAAGUCUGUAGUUCAUUUAUUAAGGAGGCUCCCAGAUGGCUCCAAUACCAAUCUGGUUAAUGGAAAGAUAGCAAUUAAACAUCCUUGCUUGCACUCUGGCUACAAGGAACAAUAUAUCUGCUCUCAAUGUGCUUCUAAAGAUCAAGAAAUUGGUAGUCCUGUAGUUGGAGGGAAAUUUUUGGAUAAAGGCAGAAAAGCAGGAAUAUCUUUGCAACUUAUCGGUGCUCCAAAUUGGGAACAAUGCAGUGCAAUUGCCAAAGUUGCUGUCAAUUUAUCUGAAUGGUCAAAUUUAUACCCAGGGAUUGAUUGUGAUUUGCAACCUUGUGCUCUUUCCGAUAGCUUGCCUCACCCUUAUGGCCAGUUCUAUGCUAUGUCUGGCUUUUUUGUGGUAUAUCGGUUCUUCAAUCUGUCUUCAGAUGCUGCACUUGAUGAUGUACUGGAGAAGGGUAGGGAUUUUUGUGAAAAAACCUGGGAAGUAGCAAAAAACAGCGUUGCUCCACAGCCCUUCAUUGAACAGUACUGCUUUAGAGCACCAUAUAUAGUAUCACUCUUGAGGGAGGGCUUGCACAUCACUGAUAGUCAACUUGCCGUUGGUUCUGGAAGUAUUACAUGGACAAUGGGCGUUGCACUUUUGGAAGCUGGGAAGUCAUUUCCAAGCAGACUGGGGCUCCGUCGAUAUCAAAUACUGCAGACAAAGAUCGAUCCUAUAAUUCUUAUUGCCAUUCUUUUCAUGUCAUUGAUUUUGCUUGUUUGUGCACUAUCAUGUGUUAGUAAUGGGAAGCCGAGAUUUUUCUGGAGGCCAUAUCUCCCUCUUUUCCGGCAUAACAGUGCAUCCACUACAUCUGUUCUCAAUAUACCAUCUCCUUUCCGGUUAAAGCACUGGAGUCCUAUCAACUCAGGGGAUGGAAGAGUUAAGACGCCCCUAAGUCCAACGGUUAGUGGUUCUCAACAAACACCAUUUGGCUUGGGACAUAGUCUUGGCAGCAGCAUCCAGCUUACAGAGUCUUCCUUGUACCCUUCAACCAGUAGCGUUUCGCAUAGUUAUUCCUCCAAUAGCUUGGGGCAGAUGCAAUUUGACAGUAGUAGCAUGGGAUCCUUCUGGUCCCCUCACAGAAGUCAGAUGCGACUGCAAAGUAGGAGAUCACAAUCUCGAGAAGACCUUAAUUCCUCACUAGCUGAGGCACAAAUGAUGAAAGUUUAGGAAAUGCUCUGCAGAAGUUUUGAUGCUGCCAGCAUUACCGAAUUUAUGUCAAGCGGGAUGAUUCUAGGCUAAUAUAGGAUGGUCUGAUCAUUGAUUCCUCCAGAUUUUGCUAGGAAGGAACUUUGGGUCUAGUUAACUGGCUCCCCAAUUUACCUUGGUUUUAAAUGCACAUUUUUUGAGAUUUCGAGCAUUGGUUACCAUUCUUAUUUCAGAGGCUAGGAAGGAGCUGACUUCUUCUUGUUCACUCUCCUUAUAUCGGACAAUAAUUUUGAGCGUCUACCUCUUCAAGUAUAUUGCAGCCUAACUGGCGCAGGCCUGAUGACACCAUCAUUACCUGAACCGUCGUUCUUAUCAGUUAUCACACAGCUAGAUUAAUAGUUUCUUGAGGACGACCGGAAAAUUUUUCUUUUGACUGAUUAUCAGCAAAUGGUAAUGUGAAAAGCUGUUAACGAUGUGAAUUAUAUGAGAAGAAAUUAUGGAAUAUGUUUUAUUUCCCUAUAGAUUGCAUUGCAAAUGAUAUUUUUCCCUGCCCUGCCCCUGCAUGUUGAUUUUGAAUAAGUAGCAGUUUGAUGAUCAGUGGCAAUUUGAAAAGGAUGGCCUUAUCCCAAACUAGAAUUAUUUUCGAUUUAAAUAUUUUUACAUAAAAAGACUUUUUGUACCAUAAAGAGCCAUUGUCUUCAGAGUCCGCUUUCGAGGAUGAUCACAGACAGCCACACAAAUUGAAAUUUUCUUUCCAUAUUUAUCAAGUUUGUCAGCUUUUGAAGGUCAAUAAUUCCUCACUCAGGACCGUAUACUUCCCCACCAUACUUUUCCUGUCGGUUACAAUUGCUACGCUACACCUGGAACCAUAAAAAACAACAAUGUUCGUCGGAAUGCUACUCAUUUGGACACUUUCAAGUCUGCAAUUAAUGCCAUUUUACACGUUUUUCUGUUA